UUGUCAAUCAGUAGGACACUUCCUGAAUCCUGGAUGAUAUCAUGGCUGCGGAACACGGUUGGGCGAAUGCCCCGAUAUUGUUUGAGACCGAAACAAUGUAAUAUUUUUACAACCUAGGAUGCUGUGAUCUUGUUAAAAAGAGAGCCAGGAUGGAUGGCGGGAGGCAAGUUCGUGUGUCACGCCCACAGCGGAUAAGUGAGUCAUCGAAGGUGUACCGCUGGGAGGAGCAGGCCAGUUGGGUGCUGCAAGGCCUGAACGAUCAGCGUCAGCGGGGCCAGCUGUGCGACGUGGUGCUGCUGGCGGAUGAGCAGCGGGUCCCUGCCCACCGCGCCCUGUUGGCGCUGUCCAGCCCCUACUUCCAGGCCAUGUUCACCCUGGGCAUGCGCGAGGAGCGGCAGGCCGAGGUGGAGCUGGUGGGCGCCUCCUACGUAGGCCUGAAGGCGGUGGUGGACUUCCUGUACAGCGGCGAGCUGCCGCUGGACGGCGGCAACAUAGACUACGUGCUGGAGACGGCGCACCUGCUGCAGGUGUGGCGGGUGGUGGACUUCUGCUGCCAGUACCUGGAGCGGGAGGUGAGCGAGGAGAACUACCUGUACCUGCAGGAGCUGGCCCUGCUCUACAGCCUGGAGCGGCUGGACGCCUUCAUCGACCGCUUCGUCCUGGAGCGCUUCGCCACCCUGUCCUUCACCCCCGGCUUCCUGCGUGACGUGCGCCUGUCCAAGAUGGCCGCCUACCUGGGGAGCGGCCGGGUGGAGCACGAGAGCGAACAGGCCCUGCUGCAGGCCGCUCUGCAGUGGCUGAGCCAGGCGCCCGACCGGCCCGCCCACGCCCGCCAGCUCCUGGGCCACGUCCACCUGCCCCUGAUCCCGGCGGCCGAGCUGCGGGGCCGCGUGCUUCCGGCCGUGCGCUCGCUGCUGCCCCCGGAGGCGGGCAGGGAAGCGCUGGCGCUGGUGGAGGAGGCACUGGGCUACCACGACCAGCUUAGCGCCCAGCCCCUGCUCCAGACCGCGCGGACGGCCCUGCGCGGCGGGGUGGAGUGCCUCCUGCUGGUCGGGGGCGAGGUCUCGGAGCGCGGGGAGGAGCUCAGCUCCGAGGUGCGGCGGCUGGAGGGGGCGGGCGGCGAGGAGGCGGGCUGGGGGACGGAGACCCAGCUGCCCGCCUGCCGGAGCCACCACUGCGUGGCCGUGAUGGGCGAGUUCCUCUUCACCGCCGGCGGGAGCUCGUCUCGUGACAACGGCGGUGACGCCGCCAGCAACCUGCUGUACCGCUACGAUCCCCGCAGCAACCAGUGGGUCAAGGGAGCGUCGAUGAACCAGAGGCGUGUGGAUUUCUAUCUGGGGGCGAUGGGGGACUGUCUGAUCGCUGUGGGGGGACGUAACGAUAAUGGGGCUCUGUCAUCUGUGGAGGUAUACUGCCCCCUGGAGGACUGCUGGCACUACGUCUCAGGACUGCCCAGGUUUACCUAUGGCCACGCUGGGACGGUGCACAGAGGACUGGCCUACAUCUCCGGAGGCCACGAUUACCAGAUCGGUCCGUACCGGCGGGACGUCCUGAGCUACGACCCGCGCGACGACGCCUGGGCGGAGCGCCGGCCGAUGGGCGUGGCCCGGGGGUGGCACUGCAUGGCCUCCCUGCGGGAGCUAAUCUACGCCGUGGGCGGCAGCGACGACCGAGAGGGGACCGCCGAGCGAUUCGACGUCCUGGCCGUGGAGGCCUUCGACCCCCGGGCCGAGCAGUGGACCCGCCUCGCCCCGCUGCUGCAGCCCAACAGCGAAGCGGGCGUGGCCGCGUGGGCGGGGAAAAUCUACGUCCUGGGCGGGUACAGCUGGGAGGGCAUGGCCUUCUCUCGCUGCACGCAGGUGUUCGACCCGGAGAAGGGCCAGUGGGCCAGGGGGGUGGACCUGCCCAAACGCGUGGCAGGGGCGUCGGCCUGCGUGUGCGCCGUCAGGCCCCGUUCGUGCGGCCCGGACAGGAAGGGGGCGGGGCAUAAGGGCAAGACUGAGCAGCCCGCUUCCAAGAGGAGGGGCCAUUAGCAUCACAUAAGCAUCGUUAGGAUAGAGCCACACGUCCUCCAACGAGAUUGCCUGGCAUCAUAUUCGCCUCCCACACUUGGCCGCUUGUGGGCAUGUUUCCUAUUUAUAAAACAGUGUUAAUUAAACGUACAUCGAUCUUAUAUGUUGAAAAGCCCCACAAGGCAAUAAUUAAUGAGCCCUUCUUAAUAGAACCAUUUGGAAUGGGGAAAAUCAAAUUUUAAAUCAGAGACAGUUUACACGUCGGAUCUUUUGUCUGAUUGGUCAUCGCAAUACGUUCCUUGUCCUUUCGGUCGCUCUUCCGGCUUGCCUCGCACUUCUGGUUAUCCCAGCAUGCCUUGCGGACAUGACGAAUGGGCUCUCUUGAAAUGAGGGGAGGCGAUUACAAAGUCGCUUCUCAUUGGUGGAUGUGUGGCUUCAGCCUAAGGGACUGAGUCUGCUGGGGGUGGGGCAGUGUGGCAGACCCUCCCUCCUCCUCUGUGACGGACAGCUGCAGGCUGCAGUGCUCAUUACAGGUCUGCUCAGUACAGGUCUGCUCAGUGUUACUAAUAAAGCUCAUGUGAAGUGCUGUGAAGUUUGAAGCUAGCCAGAGGAGUGCAAUCAAGACCAUGCAAGUGUGUGUGUCUAUGUAUUAUACAUGUGUGUGUUCGUGCCUGCAUCUGGCUGUCAAGUGUGUUUUCAGACAGGAUACAGAUGAUGUAUUAUGUGUGUGUGUGUGUGUGUGUGUUGGAGGCAAGAUGCAGAUGCCUGCAAAGUGUAUGCAUGUGUGAGAGUAAAAUUGGCUACAGAUUGGUGCUGUUGUGUGUGCGCAUGCAUGUGUGUGUGUGUGUGUCUGUGUCAGACAGAGAGUGAGGAUGAGCACAGAUGGCUGGAGCUCUGUUUUAUUAAAAUGUGUCAUGGUCCCUAUACAGGGAAAUGCAGAUGAUUGAACUAAAUUAAACAGAAAUAUGAUGA